AUGGCUUUCAGGGGCCCCGAAUCCUGGGCCUCUGCAUUCCUGCCGAGACAGGGGCUGAAGGCCAAGGAGAAGAUCCUGGACCUGGAGUUCCAGGUCUUGAGUGUGGGGUUCAACGAGGAGGGCAGAUACGCCCUGCUGCUGUCAGCUGAGAACCCCUUGCAGGCCAGCUCUGGGGCUCGAGUACAGUUGCAGGUGAAUCAUGGGGACCCUCACCCUGCCUGCUCUGCUGUCACUGAUGUCAUUGGGCAGCAGCAUCCUGGCCAGAGCCUCACCCUCACCAGGAACAAGUUUGUCUUUACCUUGCCCAAAGGUUUCUGCAAGAACGAGGGGCAGCAUGACGUGCAGCUGCGAGUGGAGGCGCUGAGGCUGGGCAAGGCGUCAGGCCAGGCUGCCUGGUGGGUGGGCGAGGCCAUCUUCCCCAUCUACCUGCGCCCAGACUAGCCCUGCAUGAACCUCUCCGCGAGAGAGCACGAGGACCUGUACCGCUACUGUGGCAACCUGGCUCCGCUCCAGGACAGCACAGUCCCUAUUGCCCGCCACUAUGGGGGCCUGGCCUACAGGGUGGCCUUCUAUGUGCAUGGGGACCCUCAGCUGCCUGAGUCCAACUGCCCUCUGGGGGCCAGCCAGUCAGAACCAAUGAGCCCAGAGGACCCCCCGGACACCUCCCAGAAUGCAGAAUCUGUCAUCAGCCACCUGUCUCCCUCUAAUAAGGAGACCAUCACUGUCACUCUCCAUGGGGCCACCAAUCUCCCUGUCCGCAAGGAUGGCUCUGAGCCGUGGCCCUAUGUGGUAGUGAAAACCACAUCUGAGGAAGCCAAGUACCAGAACUCCAAGGCAAUCACAUCUGUGACCGCGGAGCCCACCAAAGCCUCCAUAUGGGGGGACACGGUCAAAGUGGAGAUCCAAGCUGAGAAUGUGGGGCGAGAAGAUGGGAUCCUCAAAGUGGUGGACAACAAAAAGAAAGAGGAGCUGUUGUCAUACCAAAUCCCCACCAAGUACCUGCGUGUCUUCCACCCCUACCACUUUGAGCGGGUGAUGCCCACCCAGUCUGGGACAGCCAAAGGAGCCACUGCCGCGACCCUGCCACUGCCACUGUACGCGACGGUCGUCCGGAAGGGCAGCUUCAUUCCCCGCUAUGUUGGCUGUGACCACACAGCUCUAGAGGUCUUUCUCCAGGGAGUCAACGAGCCCCUGGUCAACAACCCCAGCCCCAUGGUGGCCAUCGCCAGAGUGGUUCCCAACUACAAGGAGUUUAGGUGAGUGGUGCCCAGGGCAAACCAGGACCUGGCCUCCCUGGGGCUACCCAUCACCCCACUCUCCUUCCCUACCCCUUCCAUGAUGAACUUUGAUGUUCAUCCGGCCAGCCAGCAGGUGUGCCCUCAGCUGUCCAAGCCCGGGGGACCUCCGGAGCUGCCCCUGUGGAAUCAGUCCUUCCUCUUCCAAGGCCGAGAUGGAGCCACCAGCUUCUCAGAUGACGUCACGCUGGUGCUGGAGUACUACUCUUCGACUUCAAUGAAAGGCAGCGAGCUGUGGGCCCUCCGCAUGCCCCUGGGCAUCUCCGUGUUGCCACCAAAGAGCCGUCUGUACCGCAAGAUGCUGACAGGGAAAGACCUGAACGGGCUGCGCAUAGAGAGGCUCUCUAUCAUGGACACCAAGCUGAAAAUCACGAAUGGUGAGGCCCCCACAGUGGAUCUCUCCUUUCAGCUGCUUUCCUCUGAGAGGCCAGAAAACUUCUUAACACCAAACAGCAGCAAGGUCCUACCCAUCCUGGACCCCAGGGUCUUAGAUGAGAAGCUGGGUUCCAUCCAUGAGUCCUGGUCCAAGGCCACAGUCAGCUCCACAAUGGACUCCAGCACAUCCACUGGUCAGGAAGCAGAGGAAGAGCCUCAGAGGCCCCAGAUGUGCCGUGAGAUGGAGAUGAACAACUACCGGCGGGCCUUGCAGAAGAUGGCCGAGGAUAUCCUGUUACUGCAGAAACAGGCCAGCAUCCUGGAGGCGGAGAACUGCAUGCUGAGGAGCCACGUGACCCAGGAGGACAUGGAUGAGGAGCAGGACAACGCCAACGACACCCAGAAGCUGGUGUCCAUGAAGCAGAAACUGCUGCUAAGCGAGCUGAACAUUAAGCAACUGAGGGACAAGGUGCAGCUUCUGCAGAAUGAACUGAUUCGAAAGAAUGAUCGAGAGAAGGAGCUGCUUCUUCUGUACCAGGCUCAGCAGCCACAGGCUGCACUGCUGAAGCAGCACCAGGACAGGCUGCAGAAGAUGAAGGCGCUGGAGGAGACCGUGCAGCACCAGGAGAAGGUGAUCAGGAAGAUGGAGCGGGUGCUGAAUGACAGACUUCGGGAGAGGAGCGAGCCCCUGCUGAACGGGCUGCAGGGGAAGCCCCGUGUGGCCUUCCCCAUGCUCUCAGCCUCUGGCCUUCCCUCAGGUCCUACGGGAGAGAACCAGCCUAUUGACCUUUACUCCGUGUUGCUGGCCGAGAACUCGAGGCUGCGGGCAGAGCUGGAUAAUAGCCGCCACCGCCAGUUGGCUCCCAUCAUUCUGCAGCAACAGGCCCUGCCGGAUCUCCUUGCCAAUACCUCAGACAAGUUUAACCUCCUGGCUAAGCUAGAACGAGCUCAGAGCCGGAUUCUGUCCCUGGAAAGCCAGUUAGAGGACUCAGCUCGACGCUGGGGACGAGAGAAGCAGGACUUGGCCACACGGCUGCAGGAGCAAGAGUACGGCUUGGGGCACCCCUCAAACUCCAUCAUCACAAACCUGCCUAACCCCUCAACCCACUCCAAGGACUACGGGCCACCCUCAAAGUUGGACACCUUGAUGCCCAGCUCAGAGACUAAGAUCAACAAGCCCUCAAACUCCCAGCAGACCUGAGUACUGGAGCAGCCUCCCCUCUGUGUGCUGGGGCAUCUCAUCUCCAUCCCCGAAAAAUGACUUCAUGAAACGCUGUAAAUCACUGAGCAUUCGCCUCUUUCCUGGAGCAGGGCACCCUGGAGGGCCCGGCUUCCUCCUCUCAGACCCCACUCUGUGCCUGGCCCUCUGCUACAGCUCUAUAGCCUGUCCUAGGAGCUACCAUCUUUGCAGGGCCAAAAGCCAUAGUGGACCCGGCUAGGAGAAGAGUCUUUCCAAAGCAGGAGCUAGGGUGACAAGCUCU